AUGUCAGACCUUCUUAUCCUACCUCCAACCUUCAAUAAGCCAUCCUCAGAAUCAAGAAAGGGAUCAAGCUUAUAUAUUGGACAUUGGAUACAAGGUCUUCAUUUACUGGAGCAGCUUUCAAUACCAAGAUGCUUCAAGUCAAGUGGUUUUGGUAAUGUGACAGGUUCAAGUCUUGUAUUAUUCAGCGAUGCAAGUACAUUUGGUUAUGGUGUUGCAGCAUAUCUUGUUCUUCACGAUGGAAACCAAAUUCAGUCAAAUCUUGUCAUGGGAAAAUCAAGAGUAUCUCCCAAAAAGGUGGUGACUAUACCUAGGUUAGAACUUACAGCUGCAACUGUGUCUGUCAAGGUUGCUCAACACAUCCUGAAGGAGUUGGAGUUUACUGUUGGCAAGGUAGUGUACUACACAGAUUCAACAACAGUCCUUCACUAUAUUCAUAGCAACACUAAAAGGUUACCUGUUUUUGUAGCCAACAGAGUCAGGGUUAUAAGAGACUACUCCCAGCCUGAGCAAUGGAGAUAUGUAAACUCCAGUGAUAACCCUGCUGAUGUGGCAUCAAGAGGUAUUAGUGUACAUCAGUUUUUGCAGUAUGACGAAUAG